AUGUUUGUACUUGCCUCUCAUUCUGAUUAUUCUCCAACUCGGAAACUCACUCACAAUGGCUUAAGUUUAUGUGAGGAAGUAGAUUGCAUAGGACCUCAGUCCGUUUCCAAUAACAUUCUUCCUCCCAUAGAAUUUUUAAGGACCAGACUACCCAUUCUUGCCUCGAGUCCCUUGACUUUGAGGUCGGUGACAUUAAAAUUUCCCUACUUGAGCUUCAUGACAAAGUUUCCAUCAUUACUUUUAUGUUGGACUCUUUUUAUGAAAGAAAUAAAAGGGAUGGUAGUGGAGGAAGUGGUAGAAGAAGAGGAGGUGGUGGAGGAGAAGGCGGAUGAAAAGGGAGAAAAGGUGACCAAAGAAGAAGAGGUAGAUCAAGAAGAAGAAAAAGAAGAAGAAGAAGAAGAAGAUGAUGAUGAGGAGGAGGAGGAAACGAAAGAAGAUGAGGUUGUUCCCCACAUUGCUUAA